GUUUCGUUUCUGUGUAGAGAAUGUGUGGUAGGGAGGAUUCAGUCCACGUUCCUUCUGUUCAAAUGAUGCAGAAAAUAUGAGAGGUUGCUUCAUACGUUGUUUCUCUUUUUUUUAGUAUAGUGACAGUUUGUACCGUCAGUAGACUUGUGUUUUUUGAAACACGUUAAGAGAAGCACAGGAUAUGGAUGAAGAAUCAGACACAGACUCUCACAAUGAAUCUGAAUCAGAGUGGGAAGCGGAGAGUACAGGGAGCAGCUCGGGAUCUGACUGGCAAGGCGAGAAUUACAGAGGAAAGAAAGCACAACGAGGACAAAAAAGGAAGAUGAAAACACGAAACUGUAAAGAGACAGGACCAUCUUCCUUAUGUACAUCCAACAAAAAGAGACAAACCGAAGACUCCAGACAGCCUGUGGGACAGAAAAGUAAAGAAAAUUCUCAACUUCCUGUUACAUGUGGGGAUAAAGAGGGUGUCUUAUACUUGGAUAAAUUUCAUAACACGGAGAAGUGCAUCUUAAGUGAAGAGCAGUGGCUUAAGCCUACAGAGUUUGAGAAGUUUGGAGGGAUGGGGAAGAACAAAAAGUGGAAGACCAGCAUCCUUUGCAAUGGUAUUCCACUACAGAUACUUAUAGAGGAUGGAUUUCUUUCUUUUACCUUUAGGAAACGUGAGGUUCAGGAUAGACAGUGCAGGACUAAAUUCCCUCCAUUAAAAGACCCCUCCAGCAGGUCAGAUGGCCAAAGCUCUGAGGGGAGGGGGAAUGGUCACUAUGAAGAUAAGGACAACAGCAGUGAUGGUGAUGGUGAUAUUGACAUGACCAUGUUCAAAGGUCCUACCCUACCUGUUACCUGUGGUUCUGACUCUGGCGUUCUACACAAGAAUCGUUUUGCCUCUGGGCAUUGUGGAAAAUGCAUAAGAACAAAUGAUUUCUGGCUGACCCCUGAGGAUUUUGUCAGACUCAGCAAACCAGAAGGAGCAUGGAGGAAAGACAUUGAGAUGCAUGGAUUACCCCUUGGAAAACUUUUAAUGAAUAGAGUUCUAGUACUACAUAUGAUAAACUGUGAAUGUGACAUCUGCCAAGAUCUGGGUCAAUACUCAAACGAUGACGUGUGUUACGUGUGUAACUCUGAGGGAGAUCUGCUGUGCUGCGAUGAGUGUCCAAGAGCUUUUCAUCCAGGCUGUCAUUUACCCGCUGUAGAGGACGAUUCACUUGGAGGCCAAUGGAGCUGUACAUUUUGUGUGAUGAAAAAUAUGCAAGUCUUCAGUCAAAAGACCCAACAGGAUGUUUUGAGCAGUCCUGUUUCACAGUAUAGACUGUACUGCCGUUUUUUGCUUCUAUGCCUGCUGCACGAGAGUACAGCCAACCCCAACACUGAAGUUCCAGGAUACAGCAAGGACAUUUCUGGCCCCAUGAUGCUGGGCAGAGCAAAGCUGAAUUUAGAGAAUAAUGAUUACCAAACAGUGGGAGAAUUUGUUACAGAUAUUGAAGAUGUUUUCCAACACUGCACCUCCAAAAGGGAUAAUGACUUCUGUGGAAUGACCCGUAGGCUGAAGGAACUGUUUAAGAGGGAGUUUAAAAGCAUCUUUAAGAUCAUAUAAUAUCAUAUCUUAAACAAUAUUUUCUUCUUUUAUACCUAAUGGUAGCUUUUUAGUCUAUUGAACAGAAAAGAAAUAAAGAAUAUUGAGGGGCCUGGGUAGCUCAGUGAGUAUUGAUGCUGACUACCACCCCUGGAGUCGCGAGUUCGAAUCCAGGGCGUGCUGAGUGACUCCAGCCAGGUCUCCUAAGCAACCAAAUUGGCCCGAUUGCUAGGGAGGGUAGAGUCACAGGGGGUAACCUCCUCGUGGUCACAAUUAGGGGUUCUUGCUCUCAAUGGGGUGCGUGGUAAGUUGUGCUUGGACCGCGGAGAGUAGCAUGAGCCUACACGUGCUCUGAGUCUCCGCGGUGUCAUGCACAGCGAGCCACGUGAUAAGAUGCGCGGAUUGACAGUCUCAGAAGCGGAGGCAACUGAGACUUGUCCUCUGCCACCUGGAUUGAGGUGAUUAACCGUGCCACCACAAGGACCAACUAAGUAGUGGGAAUUGGGCAUUCCAAAUGGGGAGAAAAGGUGAUAAAAUUAAAAAAUAUGUAAAUAAAAAAAAUAAAAAGAAAUAAAAUAUAUUUACACAAAACUGGUGUAAGUAGGUUAA